UGUUUUUCAGGGUUGGAUAUUCUGCCACACAGACAUAUUCUGGAUCGUUUUCACUUUUUAAGGUAGCGACAACAUUAGUUCGAAUCAAGCUAGUGGGUGUCCAACUGAGCAGCGGCUUCAGAUCCCCAAGUACGACAUACCCGAGAUAGUUCCGGCAGACCACGACCGACCAUUACUACCAUGAGUAAUCAGAACAACAACCGCAACCCUCCUCAGCCCAGUCCCCAGAAUAUCCAGGUUACAUCAAAUAUACAAGGACCCAUAGGGACAGCUUACUCUGCAGGGAUUGUUCAUGGUGGAGUUGGCAACACGUAUAACACCGUCUUCAACAUGCAAGCCUCGAGUGACGUGGAGGAGAGGGGAACCGCCGCCACAGUGAGAGAAGCUGAUGGUAGAGUUCCACAUCAAGGAGUGACACAGAACGACUCCAACCCCCUCCUUGAUGCCUGCCGGAAGGGGAACAUGGCCAUGGUGAAGCGUGUCCUGGAUCUGGGACAGGUGGACGUCAACUGUAAAGGAGAGUGGAACCGGACACCUGUGAUGGAGGCAGCACUUGGGGGGAUACAAAGACGUGGUGGAGCUCUUGCUGAAUAGAAGAGCGGAUGUGUCACUGGUGGACGAUGACGAUAACAACACCCUCCUAUUGGCCUGUGUGAAAGGAGACGUGGGGGCGGUGGAGUUGAUACUGUCCCAGGGCGUGGUGGACGUCAACUGUAAAGGAGGAUGGAGAAGCUGGACACCGGUGAUGGAUGCAGCAUGGGAGGGACACAGAGAUGUGGUGGAGCUGCUACUGAGUAAAGAAGCUGAUGUGUCACUGGUGGACAGGGACGGUAACAACACCCUACAUUGGGCCUGUUAUAGCGGAGACGUGGGGACGGUGAAGUUGGUACUGUCCCGGGGCUUGGUGGACAUCAGCGCCAGGAACAACUGCGGGAAGACAGCGGCCGACGUGGCGAGAGACGAGGGACAUCAUCAAGUGGCGGAUCUCGUGUCACGUGCUGCUCGGUGAAGUGGUUCUGGUUUUGGUACAGACAGUAAUGGUGAAGGUGCUGUUACUGACACUGACGCGGUAUGUGCCGUUCACGUCGUCGUGUUUACAUUGUGGGACCAAGGUUAGAAUUAUUGUUGUGUUUGAGGAGAAAUAAAACUUGUUGAAAACA